AUGGAGAAUCUAAUAAGGGGAAGGAAUCCCCCACAAUAUCAGAGAAGUCCUUGUAAAGAAGUUCGUGCAGCACUUCGGAAGAGGCCUGAAGAAGAGUUGCAGUGCCUGGAGAUGACCACCAAGCGGAAAAUCAUCGGCCGACUGGUGCCGUGCCGAUGUUUCCGAGGUGAAGAAGAAAUCAUCUCAGUUUUAGACUACUCCCACUGCAGUCUUCAGCAGGUGCCGAAGGAGGUCUUUAACUUUGAGCGGACAUUAGAGGAGCUUUAUCUAGAUGCCAAUCAAAUCGAAGAGCUACCCAAGCAAUUGUUCAACUGUCAAGCUCUAAGAAAACUAAGUAUUCCUGAUAAUGAUCUUUCAAAUCUGCCAACCACUAUUGCUAGUUUAGUUAAUCUUAAAGAACUCGACAUCAGUAAAAAUGGUGUACAAGAAUUUCCAGAAAACAUUAAGUGCUGUAAGUGUUUAACAAUUAUUGAAGCCAGUGUCAAUCCCAUUUCUAAACUCCCUGAUGGCUUCACGCAGCUUCUAAAUUUGACCCAGCUCUACCUGAACGACGCCUUUCUUGAAUUUCUUCCAGCUAAUUUUGGAAGACUUGUCAAAUUGCGGAUCUUGGAGUUAAGAGAAAAUCAUUUGAAAACUCUACCAAAGUCAAUGCACAAACUGGCCCAGUUGGAAAGACUUGACCUAGGCAAUAAUGAAUUCAGUGAGCUGCCUGAAGUUCUGGAUCAAAUACAAAAUUUAAGGGAGCUGUGGAUGGAUAAUAAUGCAUUACAAGUGCUACCUGGGUCUAUAGGGAAGUUAAAGAUGUUGGUAUACCUGGAUAUGUCAAAAAACAGAAUAGAAACAGUUGACUUGGACAUUUCUGGAUGUGAAGCCCUUGAAGACCUCUUACUGUCAUCCAAUAUGUUGCAACAGUUGCCUGAGUCUAUAGGACUGUUGAAAAAACUAACUACUCUAAAAGUAGAUGACAAUCAACUUACAAUGCUACCCAACACAAUCGGAAAUUUAUCUUUAUUGGAAGAAUUUGACUGCAGCUGUAAUGAACUGGAGUCUCUACCUUCUACUAUUGGCUACCUUCAUAGUCUUCGAACAUUAGCAGUCGAUGAGAAUUUCCUUCCAGAAUUACCCCGAGAAAUUGGAAGCUGUAAGAAUGUAACAGUAAUGUCUCUACGUUCCAAUAAGCUGGAAUUUCUUCCUGAAGAGAUUGGACAGAUGCAGAAGCUAAGAGUCUUAAAUUUGAGUGACAACAGAUUGAAGAAUUUACCAUUCUCAUUUACCAAACUUAAAGAGCUUGCAGCUUUGUGGCUUUCUGACAAUCAGUCCAAAGCCCUCAUCCCUUUACAAACUGAAGCCCAUCCAGAAACAAAGCAAAGAGUAUUGACUAACUACAUGUUUCCCCAGCAACCUCGUGGUGAUGAAGAUUUCCAGUCAGACAGUGACAGCUUUAACCCUACACUGUGGGAAGAGCAGAGACAACAACGCAUGACUGUUGCCUUUGAAUUUGAAGAAAAAAAGGAAGAUGACGAAAAUGCUGGGAAAGUUAAGGAUCACUCCUGCCAAGCCCCCUGGGAAAGGGGCCAGCGUGGGAUUACUCUCCAACCUGCCAGACUGUCUGGCGAUUGCUGCACACCAUGGGCCAGGUGUGAUCAGCAGAUCCAAGAUAUGCCCGUCCCCCAGAAUGACCCACAGCUGGCAUGGGGUUGUAUAAGUGGCCUCCAGCAGGAAAGGAGCAUGUGCACUCCAUUGCCAGUUGCAGCACAAUCCACCACUCUUCCCUCUCUAAGUGGCAGACAGGUUGAAAUAAACCUAAAACGAUAUCCAACUCCUUAUCCAGAGGAUUUAAAGAAUAUGGUAAAAUCUGUUCAAAAUCUGGUGGGUAAGCCAAGCCAUGGAGUGCGUGUUGAGAAUUCAAAUCCAACUGCUAACACGGAGCAAACUGUGAAAGAAAAAUAUGAACACAAGUGGCCUGUAGCCCCAAAGGAGAUUACAGUGGAGGAUUCUUUUGUUCAUCCAGCUAAUGAAAUGAGGAUUGGGGAACUUCACCCUUCAUUAGCUGAGACCCCUCUGUACCCACCCAAACUUGUUCUGCUAGGGAAGGACAAAAAAGAAUCAACUGAUGAGUCUGAAGUUGACAAAACUCACUGUCUGAAUAACAGUGUUUCCUCAGGCACUUACUCAGACUACUCGCCUUCCCAGGCUUCCUCAGGAUCCUCUAACACCCGGGUUAAAGUGGGGUCCUUGCAGACAACAGCUAAAGAUGCAGUACAUAAUUCUUUAUGGGGUAACAGGAUUGCACAAUCUUUCCCACAGCCUCUCGAUUCAAAGCCAUUACUCAGCCAGCGGGAGGCUGUUCCCCCGGGGAAUGUACCGCAGCGUCCGGACCGGCUGCCAAUGAGUGACGCCUUCACGGACAACUGGCCUGAUGGUUCACAUUAUGAUAACACAGGGUUUGUUGCAGAGGAGACCGCAGGCGAGAAUGCCAACAACAAUCCUCUCUUAAGUUCAAAAUCUAGAAGCACAUCUUCUCACGGACGCAGGCCUUUGCUUAGGCAGGAUAGGAUUGUUGGUGUUCCCCUGGAACUUGAGCAGUCUACACACAGACACACACCAGAAACAGAAGUGCCUCCUUCCAAUCCCUGGCAGAAUUGGACCAGAACCCCUAGUCCUUUUGAAGACAGGACCGCUUUCCCUUCCAAAUUAGAGACAACCCCCACCACCAGCCCAUUGCCUGAAAGGAAAGAACAUAUAAAAGAAUCUGCUGAAAUACCUAGUCCUUUUUCUCCAGGAGUACCAUGGGAGUAUCACGAUUCCAAUCCCAACAGGAGUCUUAGCAAUGUCUUUUCUCAGAUCCACUGCCGCCCAGAAUCUUCUAAAGGUGUUAUUUCCAUUAGCAAAAGCACAGAGAGGCUUUCCCCACUCAUGAAAGAUAUCAAGUCCAAUAAAUUCAAAAAGUCACAGAGUAUCGAUGAGAUUGACAUUGGUACAUACAAGGUGUAUAACAUACCAUUAGAAAACUAUGCUUCUGGGAGUGAUCACUUAGGAAGCCAUGAACGGCCAGAUAAAAUGUUGGGGCCAGAGCAUGGUAUGUCCAGUAUGUCUCGAAGCCAGUCAGUCCCAAUGCUGGAUGACGAGAUGCUCACGUAUGGAAGUAGUAAAGGGCCACAGCAACAAAAAGCUUCCAUGACCAAAAAAGUCUAUCAGUUUGACCAAAGUUUCAAUCCCCAAGGAGCAGUGGAAGUUAAAGCCGAAAAGAGGAUACCGCCCCCCUUUCAACACAAUUCUGAGUACGUGCAACAGCCCGGCAAAAACAUCGCCAAGGAUUUGGUUAGUCCCAGAGCUUACAGAGGAUACCCACCGAUGGAGCAAAUGUUCUCGUUUUCUCAGCCAUCCGUUAAUGAGGAUGCUGUGGUGAAUGCCCAGUUUGCAAGCCAAGGUGCCAGGACGGGCUUCCUGAGAAGAGCCGACUCCCUGGCGAGCUCCACAGAGAUGGCCAUGUUUAGAAGGGUCAGUGAACCUCAUGAGCUGCCUCCGAGUGAUAGGUACGGCAGACCUCCCUAUAGGGGCGGUCUGGAUCGCCAAAGCAGCGUUUCAGUGACUGAGUCCCAGUUCCUGAAAAGGAAUGGCAGGUACGAAGAUGAACACCCUUCAUAUCAAGAAGUGAAAGCUCAGGCGGGAAGUUUUCCAGUUAAAAACCUUACGCAGAGGAGGCCAUUGUCUGCAAGAAGCUACAGUACAGAGAGUUACGGUGCCUCCCAAACCAGGCCAGUUUCAGCUAGGCCUACUAUGGCAGCUCUUUUGGAAAAACUGCCAUCUGACUAUAACUUGGGUAACUAUGGUGACAAGCCAUCAGAUAACAGUGAUAUAAAGCCAAGGCCCGCCCCUGUGAGGGGAGAGGAGAGCUGUGGGAAAAUGCCUGCAGACUGGAGACAGCAGCUGCUUAGACAUAUAGAAGCUAGAAGGUUAGACAGGACCCCGUCCCAGCAAAGCAACAUUUUAGACAAUGGACAAGAAGAUGUAUCUCCUAGUGGCCAAUGGAAUCCUUAUCCUCUUGGGAGGCGGGAUGUACCUCCGGACACCAUUACUAAAAAGGCAGGCAGCCACAUCCAGACUCUGAUGGGGUCCCAAAGCCUUCAGCAUCGUAGCCGGGAGCAGCAGGGAUAUGAGGGGAAUAUAAACAAAGUGACCAUCCAGCAAUUUCAGUCACCAUUGCCUAUUCAGAUCCCCUCUUCACAGGCCACCCGGGGACCUCAGCCUGGACGGUGCUUAAUUCAAACUAAAGGGCAAAGGAGUAUGGAUGGCUAUCCGGAGCAGUUUUGUGUGAGAAUAGAAAAGAAUCCUGGCCUUGGAUUCAGUAUCAGUGGUGGAAUUAGCGGACAAGGAAAUCCAUUUAAACCUUCUGACAAGGGUAUCUUUGUUACUAGGGUUCAGCCUGAUGGACCAGCAUCCAACCUGCUGCAGCCUGGUGAUAAGAUCCUUCAGGCAAAUGGACAUAGUUUUGUACAUAUGGAACAUGAAAAAGCUGUAUUACUACUGAAGAGUUUCCAGAACACAGUAGACCUAGUUAUUCAACGUGAGCUUACUGUCUAAAUAUUUUUUAUAAAUAGUGAAGAUACAUCUUAGCCAGACCUAAUGUUCAAAAAUAAAUUUAUACAUAGAAACAAAUUUUGCCAAUUGCUGGACCAAUGGCAAACAUUAGUGCCAAAUGUAUAAUACUAUAUGUUAGCACUGAUCAUCCUUAAAAAUGUUAACUAUAUAAAUAUGAUGUUCAUGUGGUUAUGUAUUAGUUUUAAUUGUCAGCCUCUGGCUGUGCAUUGGUGCAGUUUUGUUUUUGUUUUUGUUUUGUUUUUUUUAAUCAAAUAAGUUUCUUCUCGAAGUGG